AUGAGAGACAAAGCGCCGGUCGCGGCUUUGUCGUAUCUAGUACCAGACAACAGAGUGAUUGAAGUUCGCGUCAAAGCUAGUGACAAAAUACGGCGAGUUCGCGGAGGGUGUUAUAGAGAUGAACGCCCCGCCGACGGCAGCAAGAUUAACAGAGAAAACGAACCGAGCACUAUCUCGUCGCUCUCGACGGCCUUGGACUACAGACCUACACUUCUCUUCGACAAUGACACGGCCGGGGUUGAGACGGUUAAGAGGUUUGCUGAAGACUACCUGCUCCCCUUCUUUCAUGAGGACUUGCGGCAAUUGUCCAACAUGGUACGCCUGGUACCUGGAUUCCCACGCGCGGGAAUCGACUUCCGUCACGUGCUCAACAUCGCUCAGCAACCAGAGGGGCUGGCCCUGUGUUCAUCCCUGCUACAAUAUCACUUCGCAGGUGAUUGGGCCAAAGUGGAUAUAAUAGCGUGUUGCGAGACUGGCAGCUUAGUCUUCGCCCCUUUGUUGGCCUCACAGGUCAAUGUGCCCUUGGCGCUCAUUCGCGAAGCCGGCAAGCUUCCCCCGCCCACCAUUUCCGUCUCCAGGUCUGCAUCGCAUAUAUCAUCGUUGUCGUUAAAUGCACCGACAACGAAGCGAAUUGAGAUAGGCCGAGAUGUGAUUCCUCAAGGCGCUUCGGUGGUAGUGGUGGAUGAUACUCUUGCUACCGGAGAAACCCUUGUUGCGGUGCUACAAAUAUUAGGAAAAGCUGGAAUUCCUGCUACGAACAUCAGUAUCUUGGUAAUUGCCGAGUUCCCUGUUCACCGUGGCCGCGACUUUCUGCGCCAGAAUGGGUUUGGGGGAGUCAAUAUCCAAAGCCUUUUGGUCUAUGGUACUGCUUAG